AUGGACAGGCAGGACAGGCUGCAGGGGCCCGCCACUAAGAUGGCAGGAUGGACAGCGCCAAAGGCCCAACUCUACCUAGCCUCGGAAGCCGUGGCCACUGUGGCAGGGCAUCUGGGCAGUAAAUUCAUGUGCCACUCACUGGACGCCGCUGCUGGCUGGCUGGCGCAGUACGGCAACGUUGGAACAAGCAGGACCCAAGACGACCAGGCACCCGACAGCAAUAUGCCUUUCAGCGCAAAGGACACGACCGUGUAUCGGGCAGACGCCCAGGUCGAUGGCAAGCUGCUCAAAGCGCAGCAGAGAGAAGAGCUGGCCAAGCGCUACCUACCUUCUCCGCCGUCCAGUCCUGACGCACGUCGAAAGCGUUCCAAUGCGACGUCAGAAACGUCGCGUUUCGGGGUUAGAAAGCUCCUACGCCAGCAGCUCUAUGCGCUAUCCUACGCCCUCAUCCACAUCAUUUUCUCUUUCUACAUCCGUGUGCGCAUUGCCUACCACACUGUCAGCCUCGGCAUCGUAUCCAUACUGAAAUACCACCACCGCACACCCGAGUACAUCCAGCGCGACGUUCAGUCGCUCCCCAAGAAGCCCAAGCACGUUAGUGUCAUCUUGACCCUAGAGGACGGUGGCAAACGCGGCGAUGCCAAGGACAGACUGCUAAACGAGGUGGCCGAGAUCACCGCUUGGUGCGCGUCCGCCGGCAUCUCGCUCCUGACCGUGUACGAGAAGACGGGCGUCCUCAAGGAUAAGAUGGAAAGGGAACACCGCGAGAUCUCCAAGCGGCUGCAGGACUGGUUUGGUCGCUACCAGGCGCCGGAUUUGCAUCUACACUCGCCCAACAUGCGUGUCAUUAGCCCUUCCAACUACCGGGGACCCAAGCUGCGUCAUGGCGCCAUGCCGGCAGGAGUCCAGGCCGUCGGGGUCAACUUCAUCUCAUGCGAGGACGGCCGUGAAUCCGUCGUCGACCUUACGAGGGUGCUCACCGAUAUGUCUCAACGUGGCAAGAUCUCCGUGAACGACAUCACAACGGACGUCAUCGAUGAGGAGCUGCGGCAAGUUCUGAACGAGCCGGACCUGCUCAUCUCGUUCAGUCCCUAUGUCGACCUGCAGGGCUUUCCCCCGUGGCAGAUCAGACUUACUGAGAUCUACUGCCAGGAGGACAACCAGGGAGUGGGGUACCAGGUGUUCCUGAACGCACUCAGGAAAUACUCCUCGGCCACCUUCAAGUUAGGGAAAUAA